UGGAGUUACCUUUUUGCCGGUUCUGUAGUGGUGGGCUGUGCUGUUUGGAGCUUUUUUCAAACCCUUUCGACCAGGCAGGCAGCCUAUGCACAAGUGAUAGUUAUAGGAGGUGGUCUGUCCAUAAUGCAGGUCAUGGCACUUGUUUUCAUUACAGAGCUGAUUGGAGAAAAUAAGGAAACCAGUGGAUCAGUGUUUUCCAUCAUCAGUGUGAUUUCUAGAAUCUUAAGUGGUGUACUAAUCAAAGGAAUUCAGGAAUUUUACCCCGAAGAAAGAACCAACUCAAACGACGCGAUUAGCAACUACGUGCGAUAUGUGUUUGCAAUGGCGCCUGGAAUACUAACUCUGGUAGGAUCCCUGUUGGUUUUGGUUUUGCUGUAUCAACCGUCAAACGUAUCCUGCAAAAGGAAAGGCUCACAGGAUGUUGAGGCUCAAGCUGUUCAGUCAUCGCCUAAUGUGGAAGUUCCUGGGUCUCCAUCUGAAAAUGAUGCGACGUCAAACGUCAGCUUGGAAGCAAAUCAAAGCUCUUCUCUCGCGACGGUGUAUUCGUUCCCUGAAGACACAAAACUGUAAUUUGUUCAGAAAUAUUUUACGCGUAGGUGAUGUUUUGUCGACCUUUACGUUUACUAACCUUUGAAAAGGCUACGCCCGUAACUCCACGUUCGGGAUUUUCUUGAGGGAAGGAUUAUUAUUAUUGCGGUUUACAGACGUUUGACACUGUUAGCCGCCUUGAGUAAAUCUUCCCUGUCUAACAUUAGGAGAUACGGUAGACCGAUUUACUUGAAAUUAUAUUACAAAAAAAUAUCACUUUUAUAAAGAUACAGCUUAACUAUUCUCUUGAAGCUAAUGGGAUGUGGACGAUGAACAUGAGGAUUUUUGAACAUGUUUCAAUUAAUUACUGUUGCAAUCCACUUCCUUAUGGUACUGCAAGGUUGGCAAGUAUUUCUAUAUCUAGUGACCACCAUUUUUAUCGAUUACUAUCCUCAUAAAUCUUAGUCACCACUGUCUGCGGGUUUUGGCGUCUAUUUAUGCAAUACUUUAAACAUGAAAGUCAAGGAUGUGCUGAGCUAGAGCUGCUUACUCUGACUACGCUAAAGUAUUUUACUCUUGAAAUGUAUGCUGUCAAGUUUUGCAAAGUUCAAUGUUUCAGUGGAAAAAUUCUUGGCUGUUUUUAAAGGACGCUAUGGUAUAUCAAUUCACUAGCAAUGCAAAAACUGUCAGUGUUCUAUGAUACAAAUAAAUAAUCUGCUGGAU